AUGGCAGGCUUGAUUCAACGAUUGGAAUUUGGAAACUAUACAUUUUUUAAGGCAGCAAAAGUUCAACUAUUUGUCCAGAGACUUUGUCCAGAAUUGUUUAGGGUGGUAUCUCUCUUAAUCCCAAGGACUCUAGAAGAUGCUUAUAAUAAAGCAAAGGCAUAUAAAAAUGCUUAUGAACGAUAUUUAUCACCCACCUUGGAUAAAAUAACUAAUUUUAUUAACACAAUUGUAAACCAAGUUUCAGACCAAAAGCAAUCUUGUCAACCUCAGUCAACUAUCUAUAAUUUAAACAAUAAUAGAUUUCUAUAUGAAUGCUUUGAUUUUACCUGUAAAACACCCCUAAAUCCAACUAUUUAUGCUUCUAGUAAAACUUUAGUAUCAGCUGCUCCCAUAACUCAAAACACUCCAAGGCCAGACUUCUCUAUAACUCCUUCAACCUCUUCAACUCAGAAAGAUAAUUCUAUUUCCCCUAGAAAUUUAAAUAAUCCAUCUUUAAAGCCAUUCAAUAAUGGAACCCGAUUUCUGCCAGCUGGAAAGCAUGCAUCCCUAAGGUCUACUCAGAAAAACCUAAGACAGCAGCAGGAUAAAAUUGGAAGCUUAGACUCUCAAAAUAUGAUAAGAGUAAUCAAAUCCAAUAGUAAAUUAGGUGCUAGCUUAAAGAAUCCAAAGAAGUCAAGAGGUAUACUUGAAACAGGCCAAUGGAAAAAAGCUAAAGAAGAAGCACCACCACUUAUUGGAUCAACUUCAGAACCAGAAGUAAAUCAGUCUGGAGAAUUAGUAAAAAUAGAUGAUUCAAUAGAUAAUGGAGAUAGUGAAGUAGAAGAUAGAAAUAAUUAUAUGUUUGCAGAAUAUAAUUAUAAGGAUAUAGAGGGUUCAGAAACGGACAAUAAAAGGGCAGAAGAUAUAGGUAAGAAUAAGAUGGAUGAAGAGAUAGAUGACCCUGGUAAUAAUAGAGAAACUGUAGUUAAAAGUAAUAGUGAUGAAAAGAAGAUUGAAGAUAUGGGUAACAAGAAAUGGAAAGAAAGAGGUUCAUCUAUUCAAGUGAUCAAGUUAUCUCCCUGGCAAAAUCAAGACCAAGAGUAUAGGGAAAACUCUUUACCCGAAUUGGCUAUCUCUAGGUUGAAAGAUAAAGAACCCAACGAUCUCAGAGGUGCCAGAAUUUGGUUGCUGGAACCUUUUAGAAAUCUUAUCCUAAGAAUAAGAGCAAAGAUGCACAAGGUCUGGAAAAAUUUUGAACUCCCGAUUCUCCACUCACCUACCUAUGUUGCAAGAAUUAAAGAUCCAUAUUUACACCAAUGGAAGACCUGA